UGCUUAAUUCUCUUGCAUAGCAUUUCUACACCAAACAUAUCAUCUUCCUUCCGUUUCCUCUAACCACCUCUUUCCCUAACCUCUAUUCUAUAAAAAAGAAAUGCAAUCAUUUUGAGCCCACAAUUGAUCCAUUUCCACUCAACUUUCACUUAUUCUCUUUUGGAAAUAUAAAGAAUCCAAAGUUAAAACUAUCAAACUGGGACUUUUUUGUUUUUUAAAUUUCCAAUUCUUGAUCUGGAUUUGUCACAUUGAACUAAGUUUCUUCAAUGGAGAACCAGUUUUUCCUUAAUGCAGGAAUCCCACUAGCUGCACCGCCAUUGCAGUUUGGACCGUCUUUAUCAUAUUCAGCGCCAAUUUCAGCUUGGCAGUCCCUGUCUUCAGCCAUGGAAAUUGAGGCAACAGAGCUGAAUUCUUCUUCCCCUGAUCGGUCUCAAGAUUGUUUCCUGAUUACCAACUGGGAAAAAUCAACAGAUUAUGGUCUACAGUUUGACUCAGCGCUGAGUUCAAUGGUGUCCUCCCCAGCAGCAUCAAAUUCCAAUAUCUCCAAUGAGAGCUUUAUGAUCAGGGAAUUGAUAGGCAAAUUGGGGAGUAUUGGUAACUCUGGUGAGAUCUCCCCACAUUCUCAGCCAUUGUUGGCUUCUUACAUCAAUGGAAACAACAGUACAAACACUUCUUGUUAUAGCACUCCAUUGAAUUCUCCUCCUAAAUUAAACUUUCCAAUGAUGGAUAGUUUGAUUAAAGAGAAGCUUCCCAGUUUGGGAAAAUCAAUGGGGUUGAAUUCCAGUGUGGCAGAAUUCUCAGCUGAUCCAGGAUUCGCAGAGAGAGCAGCAAAGUUCUCUUGCUUUGGAAGCAGGAGUUUCAAUGGUCGAACAAGUCAAUUUGGACUCAACAACAACACUGAAAUACCUGCUUACAGAUCUAAUCCAUUGACAGCAAAUGCCAAUCUACCGCGUAUUUCGAGUAGCCCUUCUCUAAAGGCAAUGGGAUCUCAAGUUGGUGCUGUUCAAGGGACCAACAAAAAUUCUCCAUUGCAGGAUCGAUCCGAAUUAGCCAAUUCUCAAGACGAAUCCACAGUUUGCGAACAAAAUCCCAAUGUUGAUCCUGGUUUCAAAGCUUCGAAAGAUUCAUAUUCAAGGAAAAGGAAGGCGGUUCCAAAAGCAAAAACAAAGGAAACGUCAGCACCCGCAUCAGCAAAUGCUGCAAAGGUGUCUGAACCCAACGAAGAAUCAAAUGAGAAGCGAUGCAAGUCAACAGAAAGCAACGGAAAUGAAAAUGACUUUGUUAAAGCAGAGGAAGAAGCAAAAGGAAGCAAUAGAAAUGCAGGGGAUGAGAAACAGAACCAGACUAAUAAUAAUAAUAACACAAAGCCUCCCGAACCUUCCAGGGACUAUAUUCAUGUUAGAGCAAGAAGGGGUCAAGCCACUGACAGCCAUAGUUUAGCUGAAAGAGUCCGUAGAGAGAAAAUCAGUGAGAGAAUGAAGCUUCUGCAAAAUCUUGUUCCUGGUUGCAACAAGGUCACUGGAAAAGCCCUAAUGCUGGAUGAAAUUAUAAACUACGUUCAAUCAUUGCAGCGACAAGUUGAGUUCCUCUCAAUGAGGUUAGCUUCAGUGAAUACCAGGCUGGAUUUUAACGUGGAUAGUUUAAUGUCAAAGGAUAUAUUUCAACCAAAAACCACUUUGCCACUUCCAAUAUUCCCAAUGGAUUCCUCGGCAUCAGCCAUUUUUGGGCACCAUCCCCAGCAAAAUCCAGCACUACAUAGCAAUAUUUCUAAUGGGACAACGACUCAAGGCUCAAUGGACCCAUUAGAGACUGGAAUAUGCCCCAACAUUAACAGCCAUUUACCUUCAAUUACCCAGUUUACAGAAACUAUCCCUCAGUACCCAACAUUCUGUGAGGGUGACCUGCAAACCAUAGUUCAAAUGGGGUUUGGCCAGAAUCCCAGCCAGGAAAUGGCAUUACAGUCAGAAACCUUCCAGGGGUCAAAUCAAGUAUCCCACAUGAAAGUCGAGCUGUAACAACCUUUCUUUGGUCCUGGAUUAAAGGUCAAAAAGGAGAGAAAGGCUGAUGCAUGUAUAUACAAGGAAUUUAAUAUGGACCAGUGCAUGAACUACUAGUACUAGCCAAUUAUGCUUAGGUUUA